UAGUAUAGGUAGUUAGGUACCACCUUCCUUCUUUAAUUUCUUCACCUUCUUUGAUUCUUUCUUUAAUUUCUCCAUCCCCUUUUACCAACCAAACUCACUGCCUCUCCAUCACAAAUACAAAAACAUGUUUCAUAUCAUGUGUGUAUAUAUAUAGAUAACCACCUCUUUCUAACUUCAAAUACCCAGAUACACAAACACACUUCAAGAUCCAAAUUCCAAAACACAAAAAAGAUAAAUAUAUGGCGGGUGGAAAGUGGUGGUGUUUGACCGGAGCUCCGAUGAAUAUAUAUGGUUAUGAUGUUGUUGACCCAGUACUUAUGGCUUUUAGAUAUAUAGGUGUCGAGGCUGUGAUCUAUGGGAGUUCUUCGGUCAUUGUUUUGCAAAAGGAUUCGACUUAUAAAAUGGCUGUUACCGCUAGCAACGGGUUUCGGUUCAACAAUGCCAUGAACGAUUACAAGUUUAUUAUCAUUGGAAUUAACAACUACAUAUGUUGUAUCUAUCAUUUGAUCAUCGGAAGAGAAGAGAGACGGGAUAUCAGAGACGGCGGUGAUCGACGACGCAUUUUUGAUUUUUUUUUCAAAGUGGACGACGUGGAUUCGAGAUUAAUGAUGGUUUUGACUGCAAAACAAGCUACCGCCACACAUGCUAAUGCACCAUCUAAUUGUGUGGCAUUUUGUGACACAAGUGCUAUGGCUGGUUAUUCGGUUUUGGCAACGAAUGUCGGGAGUGCUAUGGCUGUGAUUCAUAUGUUGACGACAUCGUGCUUGAAAGGUUUUGUGGAUAGAAUGUUUAAAGAGUGA